GCCCAAGUCACCUUCUUGUUUGUCAGACUGAUUCUCUCUGCCUGCCUCUCCUCAAACGGAUGAUGGAAAAAGCCCAACUGCUUGGAUUACAGGAUGAGUUUACCUGCUCGGUGUGUAUGGACACCCUGAGUGACCCCGUCUCGAUCCCCUGUGGUCACAGUUUCUGUCUAAAGUGCUUAACCAACUACUGGGAUCAGAGCCAAUUGUGCAGCUGUCCUCAGUGCAGAGAGAACUUCACCACAAGGCCUGAGCUGCGCAGAAACACUAUGCUCUAUGAAGUUAUCGAGAAAUUGAAGAAGAGUGGAUACAGUGAUCCUCUGUCUCAGAAUUAUGCCGGUCCCGAAGACGUUGAGUGUGACGUCUGUACUGGGAAGAAGUUCAGAGCAGUGAAGUCUUGUUUGACCUGCAUGGCCUCCUUCUGUCAGACUCAUCUGCAGCCUCACUGUGAAGGAGCUGCCUGGAAGGACCACCGGCUGACUGAUCCAGAUAGGAAUAUAAAGGAGAAACUCUGUGCACAACAUCAGAAAAGUCUGGAAAUAUAUUGCAGAACAGAUGACAUGUGCAUCUGUGCAAAGUGUGUGGUGACUGAACAUAAUGGUCAUAAAAUAGUUGAACUGGAGACAGAGAGGGAGGAAAAACAGAAACAGCUAGGAACAAUAGUGAGUGACAUCUACAAGAGACUUGAGAAGAAAGUGAAGGAGUUGGAGGAGCUGAGGCGAGUGGUAGAGCAGAUGAAGAUCUCUGUCAAAAAGGAAGUACAGGAAAAUGAGAAGAGCUUCACUGACCUGAUUCGCUGUAUUAAGGAAACUCGCAGGAAAUUGACAGAAAGGAUGAGAGAACAAGAGAAGAGAGAAGUGGAGAAGGUCAAAGGAGUCAUGGAACAGCUGGAGAAGGAGAUCAAAGAGCUGAAGAGGAGAGACACUGAGUUGAAGGAGAUUUCAGAGACCAAGAACCAUGUCCACCUCCUGCAGAAUUUCAUGUCUCUUUGUGUCCUUCCUGAUGAUGGAGACUCACCCAGCUUCAUUGUCACUGCCGAUUUCUAUUGUGAGGACCUAAGGAAGGAGCUGUCAUCUCUGCAAAAGAGUGUGGAGAAGAUCAGCCAGCACAACAUCAUGACAUCAGUUCCAACAGAUCAUGGAGCUCCAGUUUUCCCACUACAGCCUCCCGAACCUCAGAGCAGAGCCGCAUUUUUACAAUACUUCAUUCCCCUCACAAUGGACCCCAACACAGUCAAUUGUUACCUGCGCCUAUGUGAAAAGAACAAGAAGGUGACAUGGGAGACGACAGAAACUGAAUAUCCUGAUCACCCUGACAGAUUUGACUACCUCAGCCAAGUUCUGUGCAGAGAGGCUCUGACUGGGAAUCGCUGCUACUGGGAGGUGGAGUGCACUGGAGAUUAUGUGUCAGUCGGGGUCUCAUAUCAAGGACUGAGCAGGAAAGGAGUAGGGAAUGAGUGUGGCCUUGGGAACAAUGACAAGUCCUGGUGUUUAUCCUGGGUGAAUUCCCAGUACUCUGUGUACCACAAUAACAAAGAGACUGUAAUCAGCGCCCCCUACAGCCCCAGAAUAGGUGUGUAUCUGGACUGGCCUGCUGGCUGUCUGGAAUUUUAUAGCAUCUCACACACAAUGACCCUCUUGCAAAGGUUCAACACCUCCUUCACUGAGCCGCUCUAUCUGGGGUUUUGGCUUGGUUGUGACUCCAGUGUAACAAUCUGCCCUCUGAUUGCAUGUGAAUUCUGACCAUUACCCUCCACUGGUCACCUGAUGUCCCCACAAGUGCAAGUGCUCUUCAUGCUUGUAGUUUGGGUUCAAAAUGAAUUUAACAGGAUGGUGGCAGUACAUGUGUGACUGGGAAUGAGUAAGCAAAGCAUGUGCAGCCAUUAACUGUUUAAUUAUUCUAUCCUUCACGCCAGUCCCAGUGAAGCAUACAGCGAGCGGCAGGAAAAAUCCAUGAGCGGAGAGCCAGAUCCUUGCUAGCACUGCAACACCGUGUCCUUAACUUGCGUACGACAGGGUAUGAGGUACCGUGGAAAUGUGUGUGGCUUUACGCCAAGUUUAGGUUUUAUACAUCACAAUUUGAACGUGAAAUGUUCUUACGCAACAUUUCUGUGUAUAUGCACCGUUUAUACAUGAGGCCCCUGGUGUCCCACUCCACUCGGCUAAUUAACCCAAAACAACUGCAAAGGUGACCUGGGCCUUUAAAUGGUCUCUCAGUCUGGUUCAGUAGGCCACACAAUCAUGGGGAAGACUGCUGACUUGACAGUUGUCCAGAAGACAGUCAUUGAGACCCUCCACAAGGAGGGGAAGCCACAAAAGGUCAUUGCUAAAGAAGCUGGCUGUCACAGAGUUCUGUAUCCAAGCAUAUUAACGGAAAGUUGAGUGGAAGGAAAAAGGUGCACAGCCUUGAGAAGACUGUGAAGCACAGCCCAUUCAAGAAUUUGGGGGAGAUUCCCAAGGAGUGUACUGCGGCUGGAGUCGGUGCUUCAAAAGCCACCACAUACAGAUGUAUCCAGGAUGUGGGCUACAACUAUCACAGCAUUCCUUGUGUCAAGCCACUCCUGAACCAGAGACAACAUCAGAAGCAUCUUACCUGGGCUAAGGUGAAAACAGACUGGACUAUUGCUCAGUGGUCCAAAGUCCUCUUUUCAGAUGAAAGUCAAUUUUGCAUUUCAUUUGGAAAUCAAGGUCCCAGAGUCUGGAGGAAGAGUGGAGAGGAACAGAAUUCAAGUUGCUUGAGGCUCAAUGUGAAGUUUCCACAGUCAGUGAUGAUUUGGGGAGCCAUGCCAUCUGCUGGUGUUGGUCCACUGUGUUUUAUCAAGUCCAAAGUCAGCACAGCCAUCUACCAGGAAAUUUUAGAGCACUUCAUGUUUCCCUCUGCUGACAAGCUUUAUGGAGAUGCUAAUUUCAUUUGGCACCACUUGGCGCCUGUCCACUGCCAAAAGUAUCAAUACCUGGUUUAAUGACCAUGGUAUCACUGCGCUUGAUUGGUCAGCAAACUCACAUGACCUAAACCCCAUAGAGAAUCUAUCAAGAGAAAGGUGAGAGACACCAGACCCAACAAUGUAGAUGAGCUGAAUGCCGCGAUCAAAGCAUUCUGGGCUUCCAUAACACUUCAGCAGUGCCACAGGCUGAUUGGCUCCAUGCCAUGCCACACUGAAGGAGUAAUUCAUGUAAAAGGAGCUCCGACCAAGUACUGAGUGCAUACAUGGACAUACUUUUCAGUAGGCCAAUAUUUCUGUAUUAAAAAUCUUUUUUUUUAUUGGUCUUAUGUAAUAUUUUAAUUUUCUGAGAUACUGAAUUUUGAGUUUUCAUUACCUGUGGGUCAUAAUCAGCAAAAUGA